AUGCUAUGUGGAGUACUGUUGCUACUCACUCUAUGUGGAGAGUCAACAGCCACGUCAGACUUGAUCCCCACGCCAGUCUUGACCAUUCAGAGUCCAGAUGGCGACAUUAUCGAUUGUAUAAACCGGAUGGACCAAUCAUCAUUGAAGAAUCCACUCCUGAAGAAUCACAUGUUUCAGGAAUUCCUGAGCCAUCUGGUGAAGACGGAAGAGGAAGGCCUUGGUUGGCAAGUUUGGCACGCCAGCGGAACAUGCCCACGUGGAACCAUUCCAAUGAGGCGAUUCGAAACCAACAGCACUCAUAACAAAAACAACCCCUUAAUUUCUGAUGCGGCCGACCGAGCUACAAGGGGACAUAAGUAUGCUAUUGCACAGAUAGAAAAUCAAUCAUUUUAUGGAACGAAAGCGACGUUCAAUGUCUGGACUCCGGUCGUGGAAUCACUGGACGAUUUCAGCUUAGCACAAAUCUGGCUUGUGUCCGGCCAGUAUGAAACCAACGACCUCAACACAAUUGAGGCGGGCUGGCAGAGAGAUGCAUAUAUAGGCACUGGGUGUUACAGCACUCAUUGUGUUGGGUUCGUGCACAUCAGUAGCAUCAUUGCAGUCGAGGCUGCGAUUGCUGGUACUUCUAUAGUUGGAGGCAAUCAAUUUGACAUCACACUUCAGAUUUGUAAGGAUCCACUAUCGGGGAACUGGUGGUUGGGCAUGGGCGUGGAUUUCGUGCCGAUUGGAUACUGGCCGGUCGAGAUAUUCACGACUCUCUCGGAUCACGCCAGCAGAAUCCAAUAUGGCGGCGAAGUGUUGUUAUACGGCAACACUUCCGGUGUGAGCACGAUAACCCAGAUGGGUUCGGGGAAGUUUCCAGAUAAAGGCUUCGGAAAGUCAGCCUCGUUUUGCAACAUCCAGAUAGCCCAGGAGAACCGUACGCUUCUGCCGCUUCAGAACUUCAACUUCACUCUAGGAUAUACUCUGCGGGAUUCGUACACUAUCAAGAAGGCUCACAACCAAGCCUGCGGGACCCACUUCUACUACGGCGGACCAGGCCCAGUGCGCUCGGUCUCGGUUCGGGCAAACCGCAUUUCUUUUACUUGCUUUGUUUUUGUCGUUCUUUUUGUUUUUGUUGUUUGAUUUUAGAUAAACAUUUAGUAUAUAUUAAUGUAAUUAAAUAAUCUUACUUGUUUUUAUUUUAUUGGCUUGUACUUGUAUUAAAAAAAAGCAUGCAUCUAUAUAUUAAAACAUAAUUUGUCAUACUGAAAUGUAUAUUUCUAUUUUGUAUAUAUAUAAAAAAAAAGAGAACACAUUCU